AUGACAUUCCGCCAACACCAUCCCUUUGGGGUCGCUAAUUUCUGAAACUUGAUGUAGCACUGGGCCUUUUUCACAGGGUUCAUUACCGAAGAAAUGACCAAACUGACAAAGGCGCAAAAAAGCCGAAAGAGGAAAAAUUCCGAAGACCAAUGUUCCCCAUGUUCGUCUUCAAAAUCAUCGAAAACGGUUAAAGUCAGCACUGCUUCCUCCAAUGGCAGUGAGCCAUUCCCCAAUUUCCCUCGGCCCACGCCGGAGGAAUGCCGAACAGUGAGGGAUAAUCUCUUGGCCUUUCAUGGUUUCCCCAAAGAAUUCAUCAAGUACCGCAAGCAAAGAUCAGUCAAUCAUGAUAAUGGCAUUGGAGAUGAAAAUGAUGAUAUUAGUGUUACUGAGUCUUGUAAAGAGAGUGUGCUGGACGGUCUAAUAAGCACCAUUUUGUCACAGAACACCACUGAAGCUAACUCUCAGAAGGCUUUUGCUUCCCUCAAAUCCUCUUUUCCAACAUGGGAAUCUGUUCUAGCUGCUGAUGCAAAGCUUGUUGAAGAUGCCAUAAGAUGUGGAGGUUUAGCACCCACAAAAACUUCUUGUAUCAAGGGAAUAUUGAGUUCAUUGUUUCAGAAAAAAGGAAAUCUGUGCUUGGAGUACCUGAGAGAACUAUCUAUAGAGGAAAUAAAAAAGGAACUCUCUUGUUUCAGAGGGAUUGGCCCCAAAACGGUUGCAUGUGUCUUGAUGUUCCAUCUUCAGCGAGAUGAUUUUCCAGUGGACACACAUAUUUUUCAGAUUGCAAAGACUCUUCGUUGGGUACCCGCUGCAGCUGAUGUAAAAAAGACAUAUCUUCAUCUGAAUCGCCGAAUUCCUGAUGAACUAAAGUUUGACAUUAAUUGUCUCAUUUAUACCCAUGGUAAGGUCUGUAGAGAAUGCUCUAGAAAAGGUUCUGACAAACCCAAAAAGGAACACUGUGACAAACUUUGCCCAUUACUGUGCCAAAGUUCUAAUGCAAUAUGAAACCAAAUUAUGAACUCUAUGCAUCUAUUCGUGUACACGAGGUUUUUGCUUUCUUUUUUGUUCUCUUUCAUGAUCCCUGAACUCUAUGCAUCUAUUCGUGUACAUGAUGUUUUUACAUUCUU